CCCGGCUCGGGCCCUUGAAAAACAAGGGCAAAAAGGGGAUGCCUGCCCAGUGCCCUAGCUAACACCACAUUGGAUCCCUUUCCCUUGGGCGGUUGCGCGUUCAUGGCGGCGGCGGCGGCAGGCGGCAUCGGCUUCGGCUUGGGAAUCGGCUGGCGCUCCUCCUUGGUAGAGCAAGAGGAGGAGGAUUGCGCACGCCGGGAGGUGGUGGCCGAUCCUGGGAGUGAGCAGGAGGCGCGCGAGAAUCAGGCGAUUGUAGCCUGCAAGUCGACAGGCCUGCCCGGGCUGCCAUGGAUCGGAUCAACGACCGUGUUCCCAAGCAUAAGGGUGAGUUCACCCAAUUCUGCUUCGACUUCGACAAACUCGACCUCGACAAUGAGUGCUCCCCUGCUCCGAUGAGAUGCACUGAUAGAGAUGACUUGGUCCCCUCUAUGUCAAUGGUAGAUAAAUAUGAUAACGAUGAUGAGGACUGUGCAGACCUGGAACCUUUCUUCUUCGAUGAGCCAGAGGCGGUGGCUGAUCAUGAGAGGCGGAUGCGGAGAGAGCAGGAGGAAGCACGCAGGAAGGAGCAGCGCGAGCAUGACUUGAAAGUCCACAAUGCUGCCAUGGACAGGAUCCUCGAAUAUGAGCCCAAGCUGGGGUGCACCACCUUCACCCGCAUAAGCUUCUGCAACCUCAGCAAAUUCAACCUCGACGAGGAGUCACCCCUUGGUCCAAUGAGAUACACCAAUGCAGAUGCCCUCGCUGUGAAGAUAGCUUCCUCAGAUGAUGGUACUGCCAAACAGUUCAUUCCUGGUACCUCAGCAAAUGUCAUCACUGUAAAGAUUGCCUCCUCAGACGUCGGCUUCCCGAUUGACGUAUAUGGCACUGUCAUUGCCAGAGACAGCUUAGACCUCAAGUGUGUUUAUCUCUUCAAGUGUGAUAGGGAUCAUUGCCAACACAUCACCUCUAAGGAUAAUUUGUUGAUCUUGACUGGGCCAAAGCGAGGGAUUGCACUAAUAGAUGGUAUAUAUUUUGAGGUUAAUUUGAAGAUCAAGGGUGGUCCAGGCCGCCAGAAGGACAAACAACUUAGUAAAGGACUACUAACGUUGGAUGGCCGACCAGCUGUAUUGGAGGACAGAGUGGUUGGAAGGGGCUCCUUUGACACUAGACUCACUAAGGUGGUGAUUACGUAUGCAGUUGUGAAACGUGCAAUCGAGGCAACAAUCGCUAUUGAAGUUCUCCUCCAGGGAAGAUUUUCUGGAUUAAUCACUGCUUGCACCACCAGUAUGAAGAACAGCAUUGUGCUUCAUGAUAGCAAAGUGACUAAAGUUAUGGCCUCUGAUUCUAAAGGAGCAAUCGAACUGUUGCAACGUGUUGUAUCAGUCAGUUUGAAGGAGAAGCUGGUAGUAACAAUUGCUACCCGGACUGGUCUUAAGAGCACCAUUAAGUUUACUCCAAGAGUCAACGGUGGAGAUGAAAAUGAAGUUACUUGUGGUUCCAUCAAGAUGCGUGUAAAAGUUACUUGGUCGAUAAUUUCUUACGAAUAUUUGUGAAGGUUACCUGGUCGAUAAUUUUUUCCAAACUUUUGCCUCGAGUCAAUGAUACAUUCUAUUUGUAUGUCUAAGUUAUGCAUGCUUAUCACUUUAUCUCUGUGGUUCUUCUGUUAAACAAACGCUUUAGCAUCGUUUUGGAUUUGUAACUAUGAAGUUUGCCUUGGAGGCAUGAUGAUGUUCCUGAUAUGUGUUGCUUUCGA